CUAUAGUAGAAGACAAUGUUAGAUACUGACGUCGUGUCCAGAGGUCUUUGUUUACGUCGGGACAACGCAGUUGUGCACAUUGCCACCUGCUUCCUCAACAUUUUCUCGUAUUUAGUGCCUGUGUGUAAGUGUGAACGUCUCCAGCUGAAAGUGGAAGAGAUGGACAAGAAGCGACCUACCCCUGUACCACGAGAGAGACCACCAGUUGGCGCUCCGAAGCAGGAGAAGUCAGCCGGAGCCAGGUCCUGCAACCUGACUGGCCAUGUUGGGUUUGACAGCCUCCCAGAUCAGCUGGUCAACAAAUCUGUCUCACAAGGAUUCAGCUUCAAUGUUCUGUGUGUUGGUGAGACUGGGAUUGGCAAGUCUACAUUGAUGGACACACUAUUCAACACACAUUUCGAUUCCACUCCAUCUUCACAUGAUCUUCCUGGCGUCAAACUUAAAGCUCAUACAUAUGAUCUGAAAGAGAGCAAUGUGAAACUGAAGCUAACAGUGGUGGACAGUGUUGGGUUUGGUGACCAAAUAAACAAGGCAGACAGCUACAAACCAAUCGUGGACUACAUCGACCAACAGUUCGAGAACUACCUCCAGGAGGAGCUGAAGAUCAAGCGCUCACUUCAUAAUUAUCACGACAGUCGCAUCCACACUUGCCUCUACUUCAUUGCUCCAACUGGCCAUUCGCUCAAAGCCAUCGAUCUAGUCACCAUGAAGAAACUCGACAGUAAGGUCAACAUCAUUCCCAUCAUUGCCAAAGCGGACACCAUCACAAAGAAUGAACUCCAGAAAUUCAAGUCCAAGAUCAUGAAUGAGCUGACAUCAAAUGGAGUCCAGAUCUACCACUUUCCCACUGACGAUGAGACAGUCGCUGAGCUCAAUGCUACAAUGAAUAGUCAGCUGCCAUUUGCUGUGGUUGGUAGCAUGGAUGAAGUCAAGAUUGGCAACAAGAUGGUGAAAGCAAGACAAUACCCGUGGGGGACAGUGCAAGUUGAGAAUGAGAACCACUGCGACUACGUCAAGCUUCGUGAGAUGAUGGUCAGGACUAACAUGGAGGAUCUGAGGGAGAAGACACACACGCAACAUUUCGAGCUGUACAGGCGUAACAGGCUCACGGACAUGGGCUUUGCUGAUAAUGAGUCAGCCAGCCUCCAAGAGACGUAUGAACAGAAGCGUCAGGAGCACAUGGCUGAUCUGCAGAAACGCGAGGAGGAGAUGAGGCAGAUGUUUGUUGUCAAGGUCAAGGAGAAAGAGGCGGAGCUCAAGGACGCAGAGAAAGAUCUGCACGCCAAAUUUGAACAUCUCAAAAAGCAACACGCCGAUGACAAGAAGAAGUUGGAGGAUAAGAAACGAUCGCUGGAAGAGGAGAUCAACUUGUUCAACAAGAAGAAAGCCGCAGCUUUGGCGGCGCGGGAACAGGCACAACAGGCUGCUGCGCAAUCGGCCACGAUGAAGGGCAAAAAGAAGUAGACACUUCAAGCAAUAUUUUAAUCUCUCAUCAUCUCAGCGCAGAAAUAUCCUGUGUAUUUCUGUUAUCAUUUUAUCGUAAUCAUGUAUUGUAUAAGUUACUAAACCAGCCGUCUGUCUCAAGCUGUUGUGGCAUGGUAUCCUUCUGAUAAUGAGUAUUGCAGAGUGUUUUAGAAUUUGUCACCCAAUUUUCAAAAGCUUCCAUGCCGCAAUAACAACUUGAGAUGAAUUUAACUUAAAUAUUUGUAAUGUGUAGUAUGUGGUUCUCAAAAUUAUGUCAGCAGAAUCAAGUAUUUUGGCAGAAUAGACUGACACAUCAAUAAAGACUGUUUCUGUUCAGUUGAAGGAGCUUUGGAUCAGUGCUGGUGCAUGUAGGUCUUGCCCUCAAUGUCCAAAGUUACUGAUCUGAACAGGCACAAUGGUGUAUUCGUUAUGUAAACUUACAUGUAUGCAUGGUUGUAUGAAUUAGGAUCAGAUCUAGGGUUACAUUGCAUGAUUAGCGCAAGUACUGCCAGUAAUGCAUUGUGCUUACGUCCGGAAUCGUUACACCAUGAACAGUCAUAAGGUCAUUUUUCACAAGUUUUUUUCGUUUAAAAGGACUGACAGAUGGAGUAGAGAUCAGUUUUGCGGAAGAUUUCAAAAAUGUCAUCGACUGAUGACUGUAUGAAAUGAAUUGGAUUGGAUUUUUAAUCAAAACUAUUGCAUUCAUUUACUUGUAUAUCAUAACCAUUUCAAUGAGAUUUUACGACUGUCUGGUGAUUUCAGUGAAUUGGAACCUGUCAUGCAAUAUACCAUAACCAUAUCAGUGUUGUCAUGAAAUGUUUUUUAUCAACGAAUGUGACUGAUUACGUGGCUCUAGACUGCCUGGCACCUUCCAGCUUCAAGCCUCCCAUUCUGUUUUGACCAAUAGGUUUACAUGUGACUUCACUGUGGAAGUCAGAUUCUGAUUUUGAUUGACUUGGCGAAGCGGUGAGUCAUUGGUGAGGAGAAAAUGCCUUUCAUGGCUUUGUUUGCUGAUGCCAGAGGUCCUGGAGCUACAUCAGUCACAAGCAAGGUAACACAACAGAGAAAUAAUCUAGGUGCAGAUCUUCUAUAAGGAAUCUGUCUUCAUUGUAUAGUCUACAUACUAUUGUACAGUACCCUUGUGAUGUACCUGUGUAUAGGGGAGCACUGGGAUUUGCAAAUGCCAAGUGAUAGUGUGCAUUGAAAUUUAACAGAGUUGGCCUUGAGAGUAUCCUAAGUGCUGUAACAUGUGUGAUUCAGGUAUUUUCCAAGAACUGUUUUCAGAAAGCAACGUUGUAUCAGAUACCAAGAAGGUAUCGGUAAUCUUUUGGCAUUUGCACGCUAGUGAUUCUGCAGAGAUAUGGUAAAAGUUUUCAUCAUAACUUUUUACCCUGUAGUUAAAUUGUCAGUAUAGUCAACUUGGUUAUGACAUUGUAGUCUUGUAUGAUUUUGUGCCAGUUUUGGUGACCUCUUCAGAGAUUCACUAAAAAAAAACAUUUAGAAUUCCUCGUUCAUAAGUCUUGAGAAUGGUUCUCCCACCAAACUACAUGUAAAUGUAUGUCCGUUGUCUCUUCGUCAAAAAGGUGCUGAUGUCUUUUCAAUAUUUCAAAUAAAACAAUAAUAAUGCCUCUCAAUGAGCUUGCACUAUGCACAUCAAUUUUGACCUAUGUCACCUCAUUUGGAGCCUCAGUCAAUAGGCAUGUGUUCAUUUUAAACCUGAUCAGAUAAUCGAACGAUAAUUUUAGAACUAAUUCAUUUUGUUCAGUGUAAAGCUGAAUUGACCUUGGUCUAAUUUUCAGAUUUAGUGACCAUGUGUUCCUAUCACAAACAGCUGAAACUGCCAGUUUUGAAGCUUUCUUAGAAAAAUUGUUAGUUUGCAUGCAUUCACUUUAUUUGUAUGUUUGAGACGACCUUGAAUAAAGUUAGCUUCGUAGUGCAGUGACAUAGUCUUCAUGAUAUAGUCCCAACUGAUUAUAUGUAACCCCUCCCAUCAAGGCAGAGUUGAAAGUGGCGACAAGUAUAUAUUUUCAAUGUUUUAAUAUUAUCAAAGUAGGUAUAGCAUCUCACGAAAUUAGCCAAAAACUCUACCAUACUUUUGGUGUUUUUCCCCGCUGCUCCUUGCAGUUGUCAUAAAGAUGGCCCACACAAGAUGUAAUCUCAAUUCUGGGACUCAGAAAAUUUUGCAGUCUGACUUGAUCUGUAAAAUUAACAAGUGCAAAAUGUAAAGGAAGGCAGCUGCAUACAAAACCUGACACAUUCUUGUUCUGGGUUACAGUAUAUAUGAAAUACCCUAAUAAAAAUAAGGUACACUGUUGUAAUAAAUAAGUGGUGGUGGUGAUGUUGUCAAUAUGAAACUGUCUGUGAAUAAUCCUCAUAAUUUAUCGAUCAAAUUUUUUAUUGAAUUUUGUAGCUCUGUCAUUAUAAUACAUUACCUGCUAUGAGUGUGUACUGUUCUGAUCAAACUAUUAAUUCUCCUUUACGAUAAGCUUCUAUGUGCUUAUGUUGGUUUGAUCAGGUUAAUAGACCCUAUUUCCAGAAGGGGUGUCAGUGUUUGCAGUAUUCUAGCACAUCCACUACGCUUUGUACUACAAUGUACACUGUGUUCAUUAAUUUCCAAAGAUGGAUAUAGAACAGCUGGUUUGCCAUUAUUAAGAAAAAAAAUAAAUUUCAAAGUGUUUUGAGAAGAUUGCAAUCACUGAUAUUUACAUAAUAUGUCUGAAUUAUAUUGCUUUGAUGUCCUUGCUUCUAGUGCUCAGGCCUGUCUUUAACAGCCAGUCAACUUUAAUGUAAUAAAUUAUGCAUGCUUCCUUA